AUGGCAAAAAAGAAGUUGGACUUCAUUGAACAGAAAGAUUGGCAGAAUAUAGUGAAGAAUCGAACGCCAGAGAACAUGCCUCGAUUAUCAGAAUUUAUAGCGUUUCUAACAGAGCGAAGUCACUCUAUCAAGAUUUUAGAGAAAAAUAAAGCGAAAACUGUGGAGAAAAAAGCAAAUUCAGAAAUAAAGAAAAAAGAGAAAAAGGUAGCAUUGGUCUCUGCUACGAUCAAAUGCAGAACUUGUGAGGGAGAUCAUCCUACAUACAAGUGUAGCAAUUUUCUGAGCUUAUCAACAGCAGACAGAAAAAAGAAACUUCUAGAGAAGAGGUUAUGCAUAAACUGUUUAGGAGCGGGCCAUUAUGCACGCUAUUGUCAAUCAUCGACAUGCAAGAAGUGCGGCAAGAAGCACAAUUCACUGAUUCAUGAAGAUGCGCCAGAGCAAGAUGGCGUCAAGGACAAAUCGCUUAGUGUAGAUUCAGCAGCGCCAGUAAGUAUGAACUGCGCGGAAGCAAAGCAAAGGCAGCAACAAUUCUCGAAUGGAGAAGCGAAUACUGCGACCAGUACUUAUUAUGCAAAGUCCGGAAGUACCACAGUGGUGCUAUCCACGGCAAGAGUCUGCGUAUUAGGAGCAGAUGACAGGAAACAACAAUGUAGAGCAUUACUCGAUCCGGGUUCGCAAUUGAAUCUGGUAACGCUAGAUUUGGCUCGGAGAUUGAAGCUACCAUGCAACAAAGAGGUUCGGCAAAUCAGUGGAAUCAAUAAAAUUGGGACCACAGCAAAUGAGACAACGCGAAUUCGCAUUAAGUCAAGGUGCAAUGAUUUUACGACAAUGGCAGAAUGUCUUGUGGUGCCAGAAAUCACUGAACAAUUACCGCAAGUCAAGAUAGAUGCAACAAGAAUAUGCAUUCCGAAAGGCGUUGAAUUAGCAGACCCAACAUAUUAUAAACCUGGACCGGUCGACCUACUUCUGGGUGCUGGAAUAUAUUGGCAGGUCGUUGUAGGUGCGCCGACAAAUAAGAAGCAAGGAAGGCCAGCUUUGCAGAAUACACAUUUAGGAACAAUAAUUGGUGGAGAGCUAAAUGAAGAGAGUAAAAAUCUUUUGAAAAAUUGCAAUAUAGUAACGAAUGUACAGUUACAAGAACAGCUUCAAAGGUUCUGGGCUCAAGAAGAAAUUCCAAAACCGCGUCCAUAUUCGAAAGAAGAAAUGCAAUGUGAGAGACUCUUCUUUGACACAACAGAGCGUAAAGGCGAUGGUAGAUUUGUGAUUUGCUUGCCUACUCGUUCGCACGUCAAAAUGGGAGAUUCUCUGCAGCAGGCUACCCAGAGAUUAACUUCAUUAGAGCGUCGAUUUGCAAGGGAUCCAGUAGUUAAAGAAGCCUACUGUAAGUUCAUGGAGGAAUACCAGCAACAAGGUUACAUGUCCAUAGUAGAGGAUAAAGAUAUUGCCUUAGCACAAGAGCACUGUAUCAUUCCGCAUCUACCAGUUUUGUGA